AUGACGAAGGAAAGAACUAUCGAGAAAGUUGUUGAAGGUAUUGAACAAAGUGAAGGUGUGGGAGCCCGGGUUAGGCGGCUGAUCGGCAACUUCGAAACACGGGAGUUUAACCCGUUUUUAAUGUUUGAUCACUUCAAGUCAAAUGGCCCAGCUGGGUUCCCAGAACACCCCCACAGUGGUCAGGAAACCAUUACGUACUGUUUGCUGGGUCUGAUUUGUCACGAAGACUUCACCGGGUCUAAAGGUAUGUUGUAUCCGGGUGAUCUUCAAUUCAUGACUGCUGGUAAAGGAAUCGUGCACCUGGAAAUGCCCGUUGAAGGGAAAGAUGGGUCAUCAGCGCAAUUGCUUCAGUUGUGGGUUGAUCUUCCUGCCGAUUUGAAAAGCUGUCCACCUCGAUACCGUGAUUUGAGAGAGUGGGAAAUUCCCACUUAUACAACUGAGGACGGUUUGGUACAUGUGAAGGUUAUAUCGGGGAAGCUGUAUGGUGUUGAGUCCAUUAAAGAACUAGCAUAUACUCCCGUCGACUUUUACCACUUCAUCUUGAAACCAGGUGCCAAAUUUUCACAAGAAGUCAACCCCGAGUUCAACUACUUUUUGUACAAUAUGAAAGGUCUGGGGUUGAAAAUAGGUAACACUCCAGUGAGACAGUAUGACAAUGUCUUUUUCAAUCAAGAUGGUGAUAUCAUAAGUGGGAGCUCCACAGGCGAGACUGAGUUCAUACUCGUCGGGGGACAAAAGUUGGAUCAGCAUCUGGUUCAUCAUGGCCCAUUUGUUGCCAAUUCUCAGGAAGAUAUUGUCAAGAAGAUUAUGGAUUAUCAGUUUGCUCAAAAUGGGUUCGAGAACAAGCGCAAUUGGCGUACGCUUAUCUCCAAUGGUGUUACUGAUGAGAUGAUCAAUGGCCCGUUGAAUGGGAACCCUGAAGUACGACAAAAGCAAAAGCAAAAGUAUUUGCAAGAACACGCUCAGGUAGCGUAG